GUCCUCUGCAACGCCGGCACCGUGUUCAUCGGCGAGCUCUCCUUUCCACCACCAUCUUGUCUGAUAGGCCGCAAGAGCCUCCACCUUCAAAAUGUCUACGAGCGGAUUGAAGCAGAUCUCGCCCGUCCCGACGGCGGCGGAUUUUUUGGACAUCGUACUGUCCAAGACACAGCGGAAGACACCGACGGUCAUCCACAAAAACUUCAAAAUCAGUCGGAUACGCAACUUCUACAUGCGCAAGGUCAAGUUCACGCAAGACACAUUCGACGAGAAACUGAGUGCGAUCCUGACUGAAUUCCCCAUGCUUGAUGACCUACACCCAUUCCUUGCGUCUCUCAUGAACGUCCUUUACGACAAGAACCACUACAAGCUUGCCCUUGGACAGCUCCGGACGGCGAGGCAUCUGAUCGACCAGGUCGCAAAAGACUAUGUUCGUCUCCUGAAGUUCGGCGACAGCCUCUACCGAUGCAAGCAGCUCAAGCGGGCUGCACUCGGUCGUAUGGCUACGAUCAUGCGGCGGCAAAAGGAUCCCCUCGCCUACCUUGAGCAGGUCCGGCAACACAUAUCGCGUCUGCCCGCUAUCGACGCUACUGCACGCACGCUCCUCAUCUGUGGCUACCCAAACGUCGGCAAGUCAUCCUUCAUUAACAAGGUCACUCGCGCGGACGUCGACGUCCAACCAUACGCAUUCACGACCAAGUCACUCUUCAUCGGACAUCUCGACUACCGGUACAUGCGGUGGCAAGUGAUCGAUACGCCAGGUAUCCUGGACCACCCCCUCGAAGACAUGAACACUAUCGAGAUGCAGAGCAUCACCGCCCUCGCGCAUCUCAAGAGCUGCGUACUCUACUUCAUGGACCUCAGCGAGCAGUGCGGCUACAGCGUCGAGGCGCAGUGCAAGCUCUUCCACUCGAUCAAGCCCCUCUUCGCCAACAAGCCGACCAUGCUCGUCAUAAACAAGAUCGACGUGACCCGGCUGGACGACAUCUCGCCUGAGAGCCGCGCGAUGGUUGAGGAGAUCAUCAACAGCGAGGGCGUCAUGCACGUGCAGGUGUCGUGCUACACGGACGAGGGCGUCAUGGAGCUCAAGAACAAGGCGUGCGAUGCGCUCUUGGAGCACCGUGUCGACCAGAAGCUCAAAGGCAACAAGAUCAACUCGAUCCUCAAUCGGCUGCAUGUCGCGCAGCCCAAGGCACGCGACGAGCUUGUCCGCGAGCCGUUCAUUCCGGAGACGGUGAAGAACCGGAAGAAGUACGACAGGAACGACCCGGAGAGGCGGCAGCUGGAAAGGGACCUCGAGGCGGAGGAUGGCGGUGCCGGCGUGUACAACAUCAAUAUCAAGAAGAACUACAUGCUUGCGGACCCGGAAUGGAAGAUGGACAUCAUCCCGGAGAUCAUGAACGGCAAGAACAUCGCCGACUUCAUCGACCCGGACAUCCUCGAGAAGCUCGACGCCCUCGAGCGGGAAGAGGAGAAGCUACAAGCCGAAGGGUUCUACGAGAGCGAAGAGGAGAUCUUCGACUCGGCAGACGAGCUGGAAGAGGCCGAGGCAAAGGACUCACGGGAGAAGAAGUUGAUCUCGCAGAGCUCCAAGAAGUCGAUGAAGAACCAAGCCAAGCUUCCGCGCACCGUGGGCCUUCGCACGCUCUCCGAGCUCUCCUCCGAGCUCACCAAGGCUGGGUACAACCCGUCGCGCAUCGAGGAGCGCGCGGUAACGCUCGCGAAGGUCGCGGGUGCGAAGCGGAAGCGCGCGCGCGAUGAAGAGGAGGCGCAGAUGGACGUGGACGAGGGCGAGGAGGCGGAGGGCGACUGGAUGGAUGUCGAUGGCGAGGACCAGCCGACGCCGAACAAGCGUGCGAAGUCCAACUUGGGCGCGGCCGUUGGUAAGGGCAAGCGGGAGCCCCAAACGGACAGACGGCUCGCUGGUAUGCGGGAUCAUGCGCAAGCAGCAAAAGCCAUCAAGCUGCGGGAUCUUGGUCAGAGAAGACCCAAUAUGCUUGCCAAGGCUGGCGAGUCCGACCGUGCCAUCAAGGUCAAGAUGCCCAAGCACUUGUACUCUGGCAAGCGGAAAAUGGGCAAGACGAACCGCCGAUGAGCAUUGUUUGCAUUGUGUUGCGUGCUUCGUUCCUUGUUCUCCUAUCUGGUUGUGGAUCAUGUUCUGCUCUGUAUUCUCUACGACUCGAACGACUGUACAUUCAUCUUGUUGGACAUGCGGGGGCCCGGGGACGGACCUCCGGAUAUCUUACCCCAGACUCGACAUGCA